AUUUUGUUCCGUGGGACGCCGUGGGUUAAACAGAGUUAGGUUAGGUUAAAAACGUUAUAUGUUAUUAUUAAACCAUUUUAUUUUUCUGAAGCCGGUUUUAAGUAAUUGUCGCUAGUUUAUUAUAAUAAUUGUAUAUUUAUAUUAUAUGCAUCAAAAUGGCUUUGUUACAAAGUUUACAAAUUAGUGGCAUUAGAAACUUCAGCCCAGAUAACCACCAAACAGUGUAUUUCGACACUCCUGUGGUUCUUUUCCAAGGACCUAAUGGUUCUGGCAAAACUACAAUUUUGGAAACUAUCAGGUUUGCACUAACGGGAGAAUUGCCAGGUGGUACCACUGGUGGAAAGGGUUUUGUUAAUGAACCAAAAAUGUCAAAUAAAAAUUCAACUAAAGGAAAUAUUAGGAUCAAAUUUUCAGAUGCAGAAGGGAACAUACUAACAGUUAAUAAAGUUGUGCAGGUCCAAUUGAAUACUAAAGGUGACCUCACUUUUAAAAAGUUUCCUCCUACCAUUCGCAAGAGACCAAAAGAAGAUCCAUCAGAUGUCCAAGAUAUAAGUGGGCGUUGUAUUGAUGUUGACGGUUUCUGUUGCUCUUCCAUCAAUGUCUCCAAGUCAAUAUUUAAUAAUGUCCUCUUCUGUCACCAAGAAAACUCAUUAUGGCCUUUGGAUGAACCUAAAAAGCUUAAAGAAAAGUUUGAUGAAAUUUUUGAUGCUGUCAAAUACAAUAAAUGUAUUGAUCAAAUUCGCAAGCAAAUAAAAGAGCAACAUGUACAUGUAAAAAUGGGUGAAAAGGUAGCAGAAGUAAGGAAGGACAAGAAAGUAGAGGUGGACAAGAAACGAGGCAAACUCGAGGAUAAGAAGGAUAAAUUAAAGCAAAUUAAAAAUAGCAUAGAAGAGAAGAUUAACGAAAUGAAACCCUUAAAUGAAAGAAUGAAAAAAAUUUUGGAACUGGAGGAAUCGCUGGGUGCACUUCAAAGAAAACUUUCUGGAAAGGAAGAAGAAAAGAAAGGUCUGGUGAACCAGCAGAAGUUGUUGCUCAAAGACAUAUCGUAUGUAUUUGAAGGAACGGAUGAAGAACUUCAAUCCAAAAUAACGUCGUUUAAAGAUGAACAAUCGUCUGAGGAAUCUGCCAUCAAAAAGUUGGAAAUGAGCAUUCAAAGUCUCAAUAAGGAAAUAGAUUCCGUAAAUCGCAGCAUACAACAUAAACAAGUUCAAAUGGGUCAGAUGAAAGAGGAGCAAAACCAGUACAACAAAAAGAAAGAAGAAACUAAUAAGCUUAUAGACAACUUACGCACGGAACUAAACCUAGUGGAAGAUUACGAAGACCAAGAAUUGUUAUUGGGAGAGCUCAACAAUGCUUUAAAAAUGUUGGGAAGUAAAUUCAAUGAGCUAAAGAAGGAAAAAGACGCCGAAGAAAACGAGCUACAAUCGCAAAUAGAUACUCUAAGAGAGAAAAACGCCAAAACCGAACAAAUGAUCGCUUCGAAAAAUGGUUCUAUCAAAGAAAAUACGGCCAAAUUGAAGGAAAUUCAGUGUAAACUGGAAGAAUUGGAUACUUCCGAUUCACAGCUGAGGAAUGUAACUGGGAAAAUUGACUCCCUUCAAUCAGAUCUCUCUAAAAUAAAAAAUUCUUUCGACGAGAACAAAAAGCUACGAGAAAUCCAGGAGUUAAAAGACCAAAUCGAGAGCAAGGAGCAAUAUCUUGACAAAUUAGAACGAGAAAAUCGAAUUCUGCAAAGGAACUACGCGACUGAGCAAAAUAUAGAAACUCAACGUAAUAUGAUACUGGAAAAACAAGGUCAGAUCAAUAGGAUCAAAACCAAACAUUCUAAUCAUUUCGCGAAACUGUUCAGUGAUGGCUUGCCAGAGAAAGACUUAAAAAGAUCUGUAUUAAACAUUCAAAAUACGCAAGAGGCCGAAUUCAGGAAACUCACCAGUUUAAUCAAUAGCUCGGAGAGACAAAUAACAACUUUGGAAACUACGUUGAAGCAUUCCAGAGAUCAACUCAGAAUACGCCAGCAAGAUUUAUCAACAAAGAAACAAAAAGUGGCGGAAUUGUGCAAAGGACGAGACUUCAAUACCGUCCUAGAGGAUACGUACAAAAAGAAGGACAAGCUUCAGAAAGAUAAAGGACAAUACGCGGCCGCAGAAAUAAUGUACAAAGCUUUUAUCAAUAAAUUAGAAGAAAAGCACAGUUGCCCAGUUUGCAAGACGGACUUCAAAGACAAUCGAACCGCCAUUCCAGAAAUAAUUCGCGAACUCAAAGGAAAGAUCGAGCAGAUUCCGUCUGGAUUGUUGAAAGUCGAAGGUGAGUUGAAGAAAGAAGAAGCUUUUUAUAAUAAGCUCCAACAGUUGAAAACCAUCAAUGAUGUCAUACAAAAUCUGACCAACGAAGAGAUUCCUGAGUUAGAGAAGAAAAUUGAGACACUCGACGAGGAAUUUACAGAAAAGUCUAUGAGUUUAGCAGAUCUUAAGCAACAACAGGAACAACCACAACAGACAAUUGAAAUUUGCAAAGCUAUUAUAACGGACGCUACGUUAUUCGAUCAGUACAAUACUGACAUCCGCAAUGCCAAUUCUACUAUACAAGAUUUGGAAGAAAGUAUUGAGCGGGUGCCAUCGAACCGAUCCAGGCUGGAAACCGAAAGCGAGAUCGACGCGGUCAAAGGCCAACUUAGCAAUGCGAAAAACGGAUAUGAAACCAACAAAAAUAUGUUAGAAUCGCAUAGAGAGAGAUAUCAAGAACUGAACAAGAAGAUUCAAAAUGAAGUCCAAAGACAACUUGACAUUCAAAAGCUAGUCCAGGAGAAACCUCUUCUAGAAACACAAAAUACAGAGAUUAAUGAAAAAUUGGUCGUUUUAAAAAUAGACGUAGAUGAGCUAAAAUUAAAUAUAGCUUCUCAGAAGCAAGAGCUAAAGGAAGCUAUAGAAGCUAAAACAAAGGCCACCAUAACAAAUAAUCAAAUAAAAGAAACAGCUAGGAACAAGCUCAAUUUACAUCAGAAUAGUUUAAGUGACAUCCACAAACUGCUCAAGGGCAUUCGCGAAUACGAAAGAAAUGAGAAUCAAGACAAAUUGAAGAAGGCUGUAGAAGAAUUAGCUGAGCUGAAAGUUUCUUUGGAAACCCACGAAAAGACUAAGACUAUAAAUUUGGAAUCCGUUUCUAAAAAGAAAGAAUCACUCGCAAAAAGAGAUAGUGAGUUUAGAGCACUAAAAGACAACGUGACACUGAGGAAAAUACAAAAUAAACAAACCAUAGUCGAGACCGAAGUUGAAGAGCUCAGACAAAAAAUUGAAGGUGCCAAUUAUCAACAAGUUUAUGAAGAGAAACAGAGAAAGACCGACGAAAUCAAUAAAAAGCAAAGGGAGAAAAAUAACCUUCUCGGCCAGCAGGAAGAGGUACAGACUCAAAUUGAUGAGUUAUCGGACGAAUUGAGCAGAGCCGACAACAGAAAUGCCCACAAACUAUAUAAAAAAGCUCAUUAUGAACUAUCGCUUAACAAACUAGUUAUAGAAGACUUGACUAGGUACGUCAAUAUUUUAGAGAAAUCCGUACUGAAAUUCCACGAAGAGAGAAUGGUGCAAAUUAAUACUUCCAUUAGAAAAUUGUGGAGAACCAUAUAUCGCGGUAACGACAUAGACUACAUCGAAAUGAAAACAGAUGACACUCUGGCAGCUGGAAAACGUAGGUCGUACAACUAUAAAGUUGUUCAAGUGAAAAAUGGUAUAGAACUUGACAUGCGUGGUAGAUGCAGUGCUGGACAAAAGGUACUAGCAUGUUUGGUGAUUCGUAUGGCGCUGGCUGAAACCUUUAGCUCGCAUUGUGGCAUUUUGGCUUUGGACGAACCCACGACGAAUUUGGACAAAGCUAAUAUUUGCAGUUUGAGUGAUGCUUUGUCGGAACUGAUCGCCAGCAGAGAGAAUCAAACCAAUUUCCAGCUUCUUAUCAUUACCCACGAUGAGGAAUUUCUGCGUAGCAUAACGCAAGUACAGAGUCUUGACAACUACUGGCAGGUCAAGAGAAACGAUAGAGGCUCUUCAACCGUAGAAAAAGUGAUGUUGUAGGUUUAAGAUUAAGUACAUAUUAAGUAUUUUGUAUAUACAUAUUAUGUGUAUUAUAGGUAUUCUUUUUCUCAUGAUCAUCUUUCAGUGCGUCACAGUUUUUCGAUUUCUCUCUAACGCAUUAAAUUGUAUGUGACAGAAAAAAAGGCACGUCUUUGAAUACUUUGGUAAUUAUUCUAGUUCGGUGAUUAUUCUAGUUGUCGAUAGAUGGCGCCAUAAUCAAAAAAGAAUUAUUUAUUAAAUAAAAUAAUAAUAUUAUCAAUAUAAUCUGUACAAUUUAUAAGACUAUACAAAUGAAAGAAAAUACCAUUUUAUAAAUGCAAUAGACAUAAUUGAUUUGGUUUUAUUCCAAAUUGAAAAUAAAAUUUGACAACUGUCAGAUUUAACAAAAAUGUCACGUUAGAAUAAAUGUCAUAAAUGUGUAUUAUCACGGACUUACCUUUUUUCUAUAAUUUGUGACGCACUGAAAAAUGUUCAUGAAAAGGAGAAUAUAAGAUAUUAAUAAUAAACUAUUAGUUAAAUGUUAACAA